GACCUGCUGCGACACUGUGCUCCUCAGCCUCUAAUCUGCUGCCUCCCACUGGGACCUCCGCCCUCCCGCUUCACCGCCACCAGCACCAUGGAUAGCUCCGGGAUGCUCCGCGGGCUGCUGCUCGUCGGCCUGCUGUCCGUCCUGUGCCACGGCCAGGCAUCACGGGAAGUCUCCGCAGAAGACUUUGGAGAGAAGAAACAAGAAGCAGCUGUAGACAGAGACCUGCUAGAGGCACUGGAAGUGCUCCUGGGCAGAAACCAUAAUCAAGUCUCCUCCCCUGAGAAAAGAGGAAGCAUCCCACUGUGCGGGUUGGGGAACCGGUGUGCCAUGAAGUACGGGCCUCGCAUCGGGAAGCUCUGCGACUGUGGAAGAGGAGCCAACUGCAACUCCUACCUCCUCAAGUGCAUCUAAACCGCCCAGGGCUCUCCUUUAGUUUGUCACCUCUGCAGCGCCAAACACAUCCUUCAGCACAGCUCUAAACCAACCCUGUCAUCAUUUAUAGUCAUAGCUGUUGUUAAACAGUUGUCGCCUGAGGAUAA